AUGAGAUUGAUUGAGAUCUUGAAUGAGAAUUUGAACAUAAAAUUAACAUUGAUCGAACGUGAGGUAAAUACCAUUCCACGGUGUUAUAUUAUAGUACAGAAAUACAAUGAUCUUAAGUCAGGAGCAUACGAACACUUAUACAGCACAACAAUGUUGUUUCUUCUCCUCUGGCUAGUACCUUUCUUAUGGAUGAAAGCCGCAUGUAAUAUGGAGUUUUAUCUAAGUAGUUAUUUACAAUAUGAUUGUUUGUACUUUUAUUCAAUUUACUCGGUGACACCAAUGAGAAUUGAAUAUUGUAUUCGUCCAGCCGAUGAUGCUGAUAUGAUGAUCACCAGAGAUUUCGUGAACAUGCAUGACAAUAAUUAUACAUUCCAUGAGUUAAGCAAAAUGAAUGUUACUGCACAUCAGAUAUUCGUGUGGUCUGCAUCAAUUGAUGUGGCUGAAAAAUACCAAUAUUAUCUUGACCACAAAGAUAAAUCUCACUUAUUCAAUGAAAUCUUUUUCAACUGUACAACAUCAUGGUUCGGACCUCGAUGUCAGUAUUCAUUUGAUAUUCCUGAGACAUAUCCAUUGAUCAAUGUUGAUUCAAAUUAUACUCUUACGGAUUCCACAUGUUAUGUUUUAUUGGAAUGUGAUCGUGGUGGAUUGUUUCUUUGUUUAGAUUGGCGUGAGGUAUGUGAUGGUCGCAUUGAUUGUGUGAACAAUGGUGUUGACGAAUCAAAUUGUUUCGAUUUGGAAAUGAAUGAAUGUGAAUCAGAUGAAUAUCGAUGUCACAAUGGACUGUGCAUUCCAGAUUAUUAUUGGAAGUUUGAGCAUCACAGUCUUGAAUGUCUCGAUCGAUCUGAUUUCUCGCGUAGUAUACCCUGUGCUGUUCUUGAUUUGUCAUUGGGCUUAUUUCAGUGCCAAGAAAACACAUGUCCACCAGGUGAAAAGAAAUUUUCAUGUGGAGAUGGACAAUGUGUAGAAGAUUAUGAUGAAUGUUUGAAUGGACGCCAUUUGAGAUUACUUCAAUCGUUAACUGCUCGAGGAAAUCUAUCCGAUAAUUGUUGGAUUGCGAUGGUUUGUCUUACUAAAAUUAUCGAUGGAUUAAAUAAAACAUUAUGUGAUGAAUUCUUUCAAUCUUCUAACAUUAUUAUUUAUCUUCAUAGUUGCGAGGUCUUGAUUCAAUUUCCAGCACAUCCUGUUCUAUUCAGCCAUGUUUAUUUCUUAUAUCGUCCAAGAAUGAUCUCAGAAAUAAAUACGAAUGCAGUUCUUCUCCCCGAUUUUAUUUGUUAUGACCGACGCUUAUGUGAUUUUCUGUCAUCAACAUUUUCUUAUAAAUCUCAUGGAUGUCGAAAAGUCGAUCAAAUGGGUUUGAAGUCAAAUACCGAAUAUUUAACUUGGAAAUCAAUUAUCGAUGCAAUAAAACCGUCGUUUUAUGGCUGUCACACUCGGUUCAAUGAUCCUGUAGAUUAUUCUCAAUAUUCAUCAUUAUAUCAAUGCCAAAACACUUCAAAAUACAUCUCAAAGCAUCGAAUUGUUGAUGGCAUUAACGAUUGCUAUUUAAAAGAUGAUGAACAAGAUUAUGAAUUGAGUUGUUUAUUAAAUGAUUCAUUUCGUUUUAAAUGUGCAAAUGAAACUCAAUGUAAAUCACCAAUUUCUAAGAGUGAUGAUUGUCCAUCUACUGAAUCUGCCUAUCAGAACAUCGAUACAAUUUUAUUUCAUCAAAUAUGUGAUCGAUAUGUCGAUAUUUUACCUCAACUAAUUAAUGGACAAAAUCAUACGGACGAAACAAAUUGUGAAAACUGGCCUUGUAACAAUAUCUAUACACGAUGUGAUGGAUUCUGGAAUUUUCCAAACGGUGAAGAUGAAGAGAAUUGUCAUAUAUCGAAUUGUUCUCGACAGUUUCUUGAUUGUAUUUCACCUUUUAAUUAUACAAAAAUAUGCUUACCAUCACAUCAAAUUCAAAACGGAAUUGUUGACUGUCUUGGAGGAUUAGAUGAACUCCAAUUAUGUCGAAUUGCAAGUUAUUAUUUUGGAAUAACAUAUCAGUUUCGUUGUUUGAAUAACACAAUUUGUGUUGAACCUCUGACGAUCUGCAAUCUAAACGAUAAUUAUUCACUUGACAUUCAGGACAUGUAUGGUCAGAAUAUAUGUCAUGAAUGGAUUUAUAAUAAUAUGACCGGAUUAAAGAAUUACAUUUGUCAUAUUAAUACUUUUAGACGUGUUGCAUUUACAUUGAAACAAUCUAAAACAUAUCCAAGAAUGAACACGGAAAUGACUGAUCCGGUCACAAAUUCAGAAGCUUUGGAACCAAGCACGAGAAAAUAUACCAUGUUGACAUUUGGCAAAUUACAUUUACCAUCAUAUUGGAAGCGUUGUCGUUCUGUUUAUGGCUUAUUGAAAAAUGAAAACUCUAGUUUAGCUUGCUUCUGUCCCCCAAAUUAUUAUGGUAAUUUUUGUCAAUAUCAAAAUCAGCGUGUUAGUCUCACAUUGACAUUAUUGUCAAUGAGUAGAAGUGCAAUUUAUAGCAUCUUCAUUAAAUUAAUCGAUGAUGACGACAAUCGACAAGAAAUAAAUUCGUAUGAACAAAUAAUGUACAUCCCAAAAAGUGAAUGUGGACAACCGUUUAAUGUUUAUCUUUUAUAUUCAACCAGACCAAAACGUCUUUCAAAGAAUUAUAGCAUUCAUAUUGACGUUUACGAUAAAUCUUCGUUAAAACACAUUGCAAGUUGGUAUUUCAAACUUGAAUUUGCUUUUCUUCCAGUUAAUCGACUUGCAGUGCUAUUAAAAUUGCGUUAUACUGAACUAAAUUUAAGACCUAACGAUUGUCCUCUUAAGUGUAAACAAGGUACCUGUCUUAAAUAUAUUAAUGAUAAAAAAUUCUUCUGUCAAUGCAAUCCAGGUUGGUCAGGUAUGUUUUGUCACAUUCCUCUUUACUCUAAUAAUUGUUCAUCUGAUUCCAUUUGGUUGGGAAAUAUUUAUAAUCGAUCGAUUUGUAUGUGUCCACUUGAAAAAUUUGGUCCUCAUUGCCUGUUGAAACAUUCUUGUCCUGAAAACUACUGCGAAAAUAAUGGUCAAUGCAUUGUAAUUAAUGAAAGGAUAAAUAAUGACAGUUAUCUAUGUCUAUGCUCAGAAAAAUACUAUGGUGUUAGAUGUGAAGAAGAAAGAAACGUGUUGGAAAUUUAUAUUCAUAAAAUACCAACAUCUCCAUAUUUAUUAGCUUAUAUUUAUUCAUACGUUUCUUCUCAGCCAUCAGUGGUAUUGAAUAUACUAAUAAAAAAACGGAUCAUAACGCAAAGUACUGUAACGUUGUAUCCACGAUAUUCAUUUCAAAUAAUUUUCAUUAUGAUCGACAACAAUUAUUAUUUGGCUUUACUUCAACAAAGACAAAUGUCAAACGUAUCAACAUCAAUUGAUUCAACUCGACGAUGUCCUGCAGUGAAUGAACUUCUAACAUCUGAACAAAGGAAACUAGAACGAAUUAAACGAAUUAAAUUAUAUCAAAUAUUGUGUAAAUUUUAUUAUAAUUUAAAAUGUUUUUAUGAUGAAUUUUAUAUGUGUUUAUGUACAACUGAACAAUAUGCGAAUUGUUUUCAUUUCGAUCGUCAGAUUAGUUUUGUUUGCACUGAAAAUGUUCGAUGUCUUAACGAUGGUAAAUGUCUUCAAGAUCAUCCAUUAUGUCCCUUUUCUAUAAUAUGUGAUUGUAUUGAUUGUUUUUUUGGUGAUCAAUGUCAAUUUUAUGGUAAAGGUGUUGGAUUAACAUUGGAUGAUAUAAUAAGAUAUGAGAUUAAACCAUAUAAAAGUAUAAAUGAACAAUUAAAUUUGAUAAAAUUAAGUAUAUUUGUCACAAUAUUUUUGUUCACAAUUAGUAUAAUCAAUAGUACUUUUUUGAUUUUAACAUUUAAAAAUCAAAAUGCUCGUCAAGUUGGUUGUGGAAUAUAUUUAUUAUCAAUAUCAUUUACAUCAUUGUCAGCAGUAAUAAUGUUAUUAAUUAAAUUCUGGUUUGUUUUAUUAACACAUAUAAAUCCAUCAAUAGGUCGUUCAAUUCUUCUUAUUGGAUGUAUAACAAUUGAACCAUUACUUAAAUUAUUUUUGUGGAUGAGUCAUUGGUUAAAUGCUUGUGUGUCACUUGAACGUGUAAUUAGUUCUGGUCAAGCGAUAGAAUUUAAUAAAUCAAAUAGUAAAAGAAAUGCAAAACGAGUAAUAAUUUUCUUACCAAUCAUCAUUGUAUCACUUAAUUUAUAUGAAAUUAUUUCUCGUAAUUUAUAUGAUGAUGAUGAAGAAAAACGUACAUGGUGUGCUCUUAAUUAUUCAUAUGGUUUAUAUAUUUACAUAACAAGUUUAUCACUUGUUCAUAUCGUAAUUCCGUUUCUUAUUAAUAUAUAUUCAGCUAUAUACAUUAUUUAUUCAAUUGCAAGGCGUAAAGCAAGAAUUCGCACAAUUCAAAUUGGUUUCCAACAUAUAAAAAAAGAACUUUCUCAACGUACAGAUUUAAUUCUGAGUCCAAUUAUUUCAGUUAUGUUAACAUUACCAUAUCUUGUUAUUUCGUUAUUACUUCGAUGUUUAAAAGCAAAUGAAAAUACAUGGUUAUAUCUUUUAUCAUAUUUCAUCUCAUUUGUUUCACCAAAUUUAACUUUUUUCAUCUAUAUAUUACCAUCACCAUUAUUUAGAAAAGAAUAUAUGAAAGCAUAUCGAGCAUUACUUCGACAAAAUCGAUUGAAAUAG